CGAAAUAUAUUAAUUCACCUGAACGAUGCGGAAGUGCAGUGUCAACAGGGCGAUAUGAGCACGAUGGUCAGGAUGGCAGGCUGUUUUCACCAGAUACUCUGAAAAGCGAAAUAUUGAACACUAUAUGCUCGUAAACACUGCAAUCUCGACGGAGAGGUAACGCUGAGUGACGGCUGUGGUACAAACAGGUGUAGCUAGCCUCGUAGCUAGCUAGCAGCAUUGGAUUGUUUGUACGCUAGUUAUCUAAAAGUUCUAAUGAGGAGCAGCAGUAGAGGGGACGAGCACGUGUUUCCAUGACGUCAGGCCCCUCCCCCUUCCUCUUUCUCCUGCUCCCCCUCCCCUCCCUGCUGCUCCUCCUGAUUGGCCCCCCCUCCCCCCUGGCGGUGGGAGCCGCCGAGGCCCCCCCCUUGGAGCCGGGCUGGUGCUGGGCGGUGCAGCUGCCCCGGGGGGGCGUGGCGGGGCAGGGCCUGGACAAGCUGGCAGACAGCGUGGCCCGGGAGGCGGGGCUGAAGAUCCAGGGGCAGAUCGGCCAGCUGGAGGGGUACUACCUGCUCUGCCCCGGGCCCGAGGGCCAGGCCGGGGAGGGCAGGGGUGCGGCCGAGGUGCUGGCGGCCCACCCCGACGUGAUCUGGCACUCCCAGGAGCAGGUCCUUCGCCGGACUAAGAGGAGCCUCACCUUCAACGACCCCAUAUACCCUCAGCAGUGGCACCUGCACAACGAGGUGAGGGUCGGGAUGGACAUCAACGUGACCGGGGUGUGGGAGCGCAACAUCACUGGGUCAGGGGUCACCGUGGUCGUCGUGGACGAUGGGGUCCAGCACACCCUGAAGGACAUUCAGCCCAACUACAGUCCCGAGGGAAGCUAUGACCUGAACUCCAACGACCCCGACCCCAUGCCCCACCCCGACGCCCAUAGCGACAAUCACCAUGGCACCCGCUGCGCCGGGGAGAUCGCCGCCGCCCCCAACAACAGCUUCUGCGCCGUGGGCGUGGCCUACGGCAGCCGAGUGGCAGGUAUCAGGGUGCUGGAUGGACCCCUCACUGACAGCAUGGAAGCAGUGGCCUUUAACAAACACUACCAGGUCAACGACAUCUACAGCUGCAGCUGGGGUCCUGAAGAUGACGGAAGGACUGUUGAUGGACCACACCCCUUAGGCAAGGCGGCACUGCAGCAUGGGGUGAUUGCUGGGAGGAGAGGAUUCGGCAGCAUCUUUGUAGUCGCCAGUGGCAACGGUGGCAAGACCGAAGACAACUGCAACUACGACGGUUACGCCAACUCCAUCUAUACAGUCACUAUAGGUUAGUGGUUGGGGGGGACAGCAGUCGGGCAGAGCGGAGUGCCUUUCUACGCUGAAGAAUGUGCCUCCAUGCUGGCCGUCACCUUCAGCAGUGGGGACAGACUACUGCGCAGCAUCGUGACCUCAGACUGGACGCUGCAGAAGGGUAAAGGCUGCACAGAAGGGCACACGGGCACCUCGGCCGCCGCCCCGCUGGCCGCUGGCAUGGUGGCGCUCAUGCUGCAGGUGCGGCCCUGCCUCACCUGGAGAGACGUGCAGCACAUCAUCGCCUACACCGCCACUAAGUAUGAGGACAGGCGGGCUGACUGGAAGACAAAUGGAGCUGGAUUCCACCACAGCCACCAGCACGGCUUCGGCCUGCUGAACGCCUGGAGGCUUGUCAACGCUGCCAAGGUGUGGGAGUCUGUGCCGUUCCUGGUGUCCUAUCAGAGUCCAGUGCUGCAUGAAGAGGAGCCAAUCCCUGCGUCCCCUGACAGGCUCACCCUCACCUGGAACGUGACGGCGGCUGACCUGCAGCAGUCCGGAAUGCAGACGCUGGAGCAUGUGUCCAUCACCGUGACGAUGACCCACCCUCGCCGCGGCAACGUGGAGAUCACGCUGGUCUGUCCCAGCGGUAUGACCUCACUCAUAGGGGCCCGCCGCGUCCGCGACAUGGACCCAUCGGGCUACACGGACUGGACCUUCUCCACCGUGCGCUGCUGGGGAGAGAGAGCAGAGGGACAGUACAGCCUGGACCUCACAGAUUACAGUGAUGGUGUCUUGCCUUUGGGAGUUCUGAAAUAUUGGAAGCUGACUCUGUAUGGCUCCUCGAUGUCCUAUGAGGAAGUGAAGCAGAGACAGCGGCUGGUGGAGGAUGCGAUGGGCGGGCAGUACCUGAACAGCAGCUUCUCCCUCCCCUGUCCCCCUGGCCUGGACAUCCCUCCUGUGAUGGUCAGCCCCCUCACCUCCAAUAGCCUGAAGUCCCUGCUGCUGCUGGGCUGUUUUGCCCUCUUCUGGUCCCUGUACUACACGCUGGAGGUCAGCCUGGCCCACCUGGACCUGCGGGGGCUGUGCCGGAGGGGCCGGGGGGGCCGGACCAGGAGGGGGGGCGUGGAGGAGGGGGCGGAGCUGGAAAUGCACACCGUGCUGGACAAGGAGGACAAAGUGCCCCUCAUGGAGGGAGGAGACAGCCCCACAUAGCCCCACCCACUGCCCCUCUCUGCCCCGUGAUUGGCCCAGGGCCAGUGUGCUAGCCCUCUGUGUGCAAGGGGGUUUGUCCGUGUGUUUAUGAAGUGCCCAACUCUGAGACAGCAGGAAGUCUCUCUCAACGCUCCAGAGGCCAGAUGUACUGGGGUCCACCUGGAGAAAGUUUCCGAAGGUACGAAAUGGACUUGGAAAACGAUCUGUGGCAUUAAAAUUACUGAGUGACUUGGGUGAAUAACUGGUCAAAACUGAGAAUACACAGACACACACACACACCCACUCACAUACACACACACACACGCACACACACACAAAACAGGAGAGCUCAGGCAUAUCAACACAAAUCUCACACAGAAGUAGGUGUGCAGAGGCCAGACUCAUAGUAAUACACACAUACACACCCACUCACGAUUACAAACACACAAACCACUCAUUGGACUCAUAAUGCACCCAGAACACAUUCUUUUUUGCACUUAAGGGAUCCAGCCCUCAUCCUGGUUACAACGGAGCUCUUCUACUUCUUUCUCCUGUGUGCCGAAGUCCAGAAGCAAUGGAUUUGUAGUCAUUUCUGUUAAUGUCCACGUCAGUGUCUGAGCCUGUCAUUCUCCAGCCUAAGGGCUGCACCAGUAACAGCACUCUGUGCCUGGCUCACAUUGGUACCGACUGCUUGCAUUGUGCCCCCUCCCCCUGUAACCACACAGCGCCCCCUAUGGAAAGGGAGCCACAUCUUCCGCUCUCUCCCAACCCUGAUAUGGGACAGUUUUGCUGCAUCGCGGGAGCGUUGCAGGAACAUUACGGGAAUGUUGUAGGAAUGUUAUGUGUUGUGUUACUGGUCAGUGUUUGCCGACACUCCCUGCUUCUCCAGCUCUGGGUCUGUCUAUCUCAUGGCUUUGUCAUCGGGGGGGCGUGUCAGGAUGGGUGGGGCCUAAGCAUGGGCAGGGUGCUGGAAGAGAGCAGCGUGUCACUAAAAUGCUGUGUGUGUGUGCGUGUGUGUAUGUGUCGUGUGUGUGUCUGUGUUCUGGGGGUGGGGGAAAGAGUUAAAUGGUGUGUAGUGUGCUUCAUGGGGUUAUUUGAAUGUGUUUUGUGUGUGUGUGUGCGCGUGUGUGUGUGUGUGGCAGAGUGCAUGGUGAUGCGAUUGAGUCAAAAGAGUGAUUUAUUUUAUUAAAUUAAUAGUUUUUUUGUAAAGUUUGCCAAGCAUAUUUUGAAAUGGGGACUGUCUGUACUGAUGGUCUGGUGUGUGAUGCUCUCGUUAAAGAUCAGCUGUGUCAGUGCUUGAAAGUGUAUUUAAGAAUGAGUGGUUGGGGGGGAGCUCCAUCGUUACACACAGACUUGCAGCAGCAUUUGCUGUUUGUACUGCUAUACCCGCGUAUAUGAUGAUUUGAUGAUUUCCCGAAAACAAUAUUUUUAAAAUAUGUGGUUUUCUUUUUUUUAAAAAUUGCAGUGAAUUGAUACUGUGUUUGGAUGGGUUUUUGAAACCCCGGAUUUGUAGUGGGAGUCACGGCUGGUCAGAGUGAAAUGAAUAAAGUCUGUCCCACCAAUCAAACCGGUUCUUCUUUUCUGGAGCGGGGAAGUUCAGGGUGAAAUCACGGUUCUGCUUUUUCUUAGUGAAGAGAUCAGCGCUGUAAGUAAGAGGAGAUGAGCAGAGGCCCACGGAAGCACACACAAGGCCUUUGGAAAAAUCACAGAUGCUAUAAGCCCACUUUAAGGUCAUCCCCACGUCCCUUUAAGGUCACAAAUACAUGAUUAGAAUUUUCUUAACUAAGCAUUCUAAUGCUGAUGUAACGAUCACUACAAGUAAUUGAAAGCUUUGUUGUUCUAGAAGGCUGACUUCUGGGGGAAAAAAAAAACAUUCCAAAAAACAUACUGUAACAAAGGGUUAGUAGGUUUAUGUGGUGAAACCAUAAUUACAUUCGCCUUCUCUGUGGACAUGUUGCCAGUCCUUGCUUGUAUCUCUUAAGUGCGUGUAACUGCUCUAACAGUGUAUCCCUAACACUGCAGCACUGUUUUGGCCGUGUUCUCCUGUUUCGCAUUUAUUGGUGACAAAGGUGCUUUUUUUUUUUUUUUUUUUUGCUGAAGUCACUACUGUGCCAGUAGUGUGUACUUCCGGUGUGCUUGCCUUGACCGUGUGACUCUGCACUCUACAUAGUACCGCCGAAGAGAAGGAGCACAUGCCACUGAUGACCUCUGGUAGACUGUGGGGGACAGCCAACCCCCGGCAGGACAAGGCCAAAGGUAUCCUGCCACUGGUAUCCAAGCCAGUCACUUAUCUGAGUGUCACUGCUAAAGGCUAAUAUGGCUAUUGCAUGAGGGUAGCCAGUAGAGGUGAUCUGGUGUGUUACUUGUUCUGUUCACUGUGGGAAAUUUCACUGUGCUGUGUCAACCAUCGAUAAAUCAAUCAAUUUUUAUUUCAUCGCAAUGCUUCAACACUCACCAACAGAAAACAAAACAGACAUUAUGGCACUUUUAAAAUGAACUUUAUUUCAAAAUUAUUAUUCAAUAAGACAAUGUACAAAAACUCUGGGUGGUGGAAGGGAGGGUCCAAGACGUUUGGUCAGAGUUUUUUUAAUUGAUUUUUUGGGUCCAUUUCUUAUAAUGUGUGUUUUUUUUUUUUAAU